AUGGCACCAACAACACAGAAAGUCUGGACCGUUGCCGGCAAGACCAAGGGUUUUGCUGAGCUCAGCCUCAAGGAGGCAGAGGUCCCCAAGGUCGGCGACUACGAGGUUCUGGUGAAGCUGGAGGGUGCUUCCCUGAACUACAGAGAUCUCAUCAUCCCCCAGGGAAAAUACCCCUUCCCGCUUGACCUCCCUGUUGUUCCUGGCUCCGACGGUGCAGGCACAGUUGUCGAGGUCGGUUCCAAGGUCACACGAUUCCAGAAGGGCGACAAGGUCGUCACUCUAUUCAACCAGGGACACCUCUACGGCCCUAUUGACACCCAUGGCUCCAAGACCGGUCUGGGAGGUGUCUACGAUGGAACCCUGCGCCAGUACGGUGCCUUCAACGAGCAGGGUCUUUCUCUCGCUCCUAAGAACCUCAACGCUGUUGAGUCAGCCACUCUGACUUGCGCUGGUCUCACUGCCUGGAACGCCCUGUACGGUCUGAAGCCACUGAAGCCCGGCCAGACUGUCCUGGUGCAGGGAACUGGUGGUGUGAGCAUGUUCGGUCUCCAGUUCGCCAAGGCUGCUGGUGCCACCGUUAUUGCUACCACCUCCUCCCCUGAAAAGGAAGCGUUCCUGAAGAAGCUUGGAGCCGACCAUGUCCUCAACUACAAGAAGGACCCCAAGUGGGGUGAGACGGCCCGCAAGCUGACCCCUCACGGAGAGGGUGUCGAUCACGUUCUGGAAGUCGGUGGACCCGGCACUCUGGAGCAGAGUAUCAAGGCCAUCAAGUUCGAGGGCAUUAUCAGUAUCAUCGGCUUCCUCGGUGCCGGUGACCCCAAGGGCCAGCCCCAGAUUCUGGAUGCCCUGAGCAACAUCUGCACCAUCCGUGGAGUGUACGUCGGUGGCCGUGACCUGUUCGAGGAUAUGAUCCGCGCUAUUGAGAUCAACAACAUCCACCCCAUUGUCGACAAGGAGAUCUUCUCUCUGGAGAAGGCCAAGGAGGCAUACGAGUACCAGUGGGCCCAGAAGCACCUCGGAAAGGUUGGCAUCAAGAUCGAGUAA